AUGCCGUCUACGUCCAUCGCCAUUCUGGACCAGCGCCGUCGCCAGUCGACGGCCGAGUCCGCGACGAGCUCGACGCCCUCGUCGUCCUACUCGAGCUCUUCCAGCACUCCAGCGCCCUCUCCCCAGUCGGCGACCGAAAGGGGGAAGCCUCAGACGAAGCAUGUCCGGCGCCAGAGCUUCCUGAGUCCGUCUUCCCGUCUCUUUACUGUUUCCAUCCUGGGCGAUUCAGGCCAGGCGUUCACCCAACAAGAAUGCACCACCAUCACGAUCGGCGAUGACCCAGACGGGCCGCUCCGGCUGGUCACAUAUGUCUCCUAUGCCCAGGGCUUCAUCUGGAACCCUGAAAUCUUCGUCCCCUCGUACUGCGAUUUCGACUAUGUCCCGCUCGAGCAGCGCCGCGACCCGGUCAUCGAGAUCCACGUCUCCGACGAGGACGCUAGGCGGAUCCUGCCGCAUAGCUCGUAA